AUGAGCUCGCAAAAGUUCCAGUAUGCUGAGCUCCCUACAUAUACGUAUCACUCCUUCGAAAAGCAAUACCAGACUUUCGAUCGGAGCACGUUGAAAUUUUCAUUCUAUCCCGUCGUCUCGAAAGCUAGUGGUCUGACGGGGGGCAAGGUCCAGGACAACAAAGAGCCUAGUGCUAUCGAACCACCGAAAGAAUCAACCCCUGCUGCUGAAGUCAAAGCAGAAGAGCCCUCGAGCUCUCCGGAUGAAAGCUCAUCGACGCCCGAGCCUGCAGAAUCCUCCAAGGCAACGACGCCCCCAGCAGAUGGCCAACCUGCUGAAGCCGCCAAUGCAUCAGGCGAAGAUGCAAAAGUGGAGAUUCGGGACGCAGCUGGCGCCGAUGAAGCUGUUCCGAACGCAGAGAGCGACGGCGCCCCAGAUGAAGCCGCUCCAGAGCCUCCUGCGGAGGACGUCGCAGAGCCCGAAAAGGCGGAUGAAAGCUCAGCCCCAGCAGAAGACGAUAAUGCGACGAAGCCCAGCGACGAGGGUGGAAGCAAUGACGAAGAUUUUCCACCAGUUGACCCUGAGGCUGGACAUGAUGGAGUAGAAUCGGAGAAAGAAGAAGCUGCCAAGCAAGCCGCGAAAGAUGCCGAGGAAGCUCUAUCUCAAGGAGAUGAUGAGAAUAAAGAUACUCCAGCCGAGACUACUCCAGCUGAAGAUACUCCAUCCGAUGAUGCUCCAGCCGAACCUGCCCCGGCUGAAGCUGUCCCAGCUGAGGACGCUCCAGCUGAAGGCGCCCCAAGCGAAAGCAAGGUAGAAGAGCCUGCGGCUGCGGAAGAACCUCCCGCUGAAAAGCCCCCUGCCGAGAAGUCAGAAGAUUCAGGAGAAAAUGCUGCCCCGGCCGACGAACCGGCCGCAACAGAAGCUCCUCAAGCCCCGGAGGCCGAAGCUGAGGCUGAAACGGUCGCUCCAACUGAAACGCCAGAAGCCGACAUCAAAGUGGAUGAACAGCCUCCUGCUGAGUCAAAUCCUGCUCCAGAAGAGUCAGUGGAGGAGUCAACGUCGCAGUCACCUAAGAACGGUAAGAAGAACGCCAAGAAGAAGGAGAAAAAGAAGAAGAACAAAGCUGGCAAAGUAGCUGGGCCGGAAGAGAAACCGGCACCUGCUGCAGAUCCACCAUCUGAGCCUGCAGCCAAGCCUGAACUUGAGCCCGAGGCCGACAAGCCAGCUUCCGAUGACCCUCCAGCCGCGGAGGAAACUGCCGAGCCAGCAUCUGAACCAGUUGCUGAAACGGACAAGAAGGCUGUCGAGGCCGAAGCCAAGUCAGAUGAUGCUGCGGUGGACUCCACUGAAAGCUCUGCGGCGGUCGAUCCUAAUACCACCGAGCCCGCAGCAGAAGCAGAGACGACAUCAUUAGAGCCUGCCAAGGAAUUAGAAACCCCACCAACAGAAGAGCCUGCUGUGCCUGAAGGCUUGCAGGAUGAUACGCCGGGCACUGCAGCACCUUCCGAGCCGGCAAAGGAAGAAACCACAGAGGAAUCGGCCGCAAUACAACCAGAAGCCGAGGCCAGCUCUGAGCCUGAUCCUAGGCCCAAGCCCACAGAAGAUACACCUGGAGAAGCGACAAAGGAAGAACCACCCGCGGACGAAGCAGCCGCUGAACCCCCUGCUGAAGAUCCGGCGCAUGAAGCAACUGCGAGUGAAGCACCUAUAGUUGAAACGUCCGCCCCAGAGCCAGCUACAGAGGAGCCAGUCGGCGAUUCUGCAAGUGUAGAAGUUGCCGAAACUCAAGCUGCGGAACCCGUUGAUGAGUCCGUCGCCGAGAAUCCAGCCGAAGAGGCUCCAGUCGAGACUGCUCCGGCAGAAGAACCGUCUACCGCCGAAGAGCCACCUGCUCCCCAAGAGGCUUCUGGUGUCGAUGAGGUCCUCACUGUUGAAGAACCGCCUGCUGCUGAAGAACCCGCUGUUCAGGAGGAGCCUUCUACCGAAGAGGAACCCGUGGCUGAAGAGAUGCCCAGUGAAACUCCGGAAACUGAAACGUCUUCUGACGAGCUCCCUGCUGCUGAAGAAGCUUCGGUUGAGCAAUCCGUGCCUGAUGAACCUACCUCCGAUCCCCCUGAAGAACCUUCUGCUGAAGUUCCAGCUGAGGAGUCAUCGACCAAGGAGGUAGCUGUCGAAGAGCCACCAGCGGAUGAACCGAGCCCCGAAAAUCCUCCCAAUCCCGAGGAGACUGCCGCUGAGGCUGUCCCAGCUGAAGAAACGGUGGCUGAGCUAUCCACUGAGGAGCCUGUUGCUGAACAUCCUGUUCUGGAAGAACCAAUUGCGGAUGUUCCGGAGCCUCAGGCAGAGGCGCCCGGAGCAGCUCAGGAAGAACCAGCACCGGUUGAAGAACCAGCACCAGUAGAGGAACAAAUUGAACCUCCUACAGACGAACCGGAGCCCUCUGCUCCUUCUCCUGUGCCAACGGAGGCUGCUGAAAGUGCACCACAAGAAGAGGUUGCUCCAGCACCGGCUCCUGCAGAGGAAGCUCCACCUGAACCAGAACCGGCUGAAGAGGCUCCUAUUGUCGAGUCUGCUCACCCCGAUGAGGUUGUUCCUGAAGCUACGGAGGCUCCUGCUUCUGAGCCAGCUCCUGCGGACCCUUCUCCUGCUGAGCCAGCCGCAGAAGAGCCUACGCCCGGGGAUGCCCCUGCCCCUGAGGUUUCAGUGGCUGAAGAGGCUCCAGUUGAACCGACUCCUGAACUGGCCCCCGCGGAAGAGCCAGUUGAGGAGAUUGUGCCGGAGUCAGAACAGACGAAAGAGUUGCCGGCAGAAGAGGCGCCUGCUGAGCCCGAGCCUGUGCCGACCUCUGCAGCCACCGAGCCGCUAGUGGAACCACCUGUUGAGGAGUCCCUUCAAGAACCAAGCGAAGCCACUGCUGGUCCAGCAGCUCCUGCCGAGGAAGCCACGCCAGAAGACGGUCCUCCUGUAGAGACCGUGCCAGAGGAGGCUGAAGAAGUCCCGUUUGCAGAAGCAUCAGAGCUGCCAGUCGGAGAUUCAGCAGCCAGGCACAAUUCUCGUCGGCGCAAGAAGCGUCCGAUGAACGAACGUGAGCGACGAAACUCCAAAACUUCCUCGGAAGGGCAGAAGAAGGAGCAGCUUAAGCGUCAGAAGAGCGAGCGCGGUUUGUUUACCAACCGUUGGGCAAAGGCUCUCGAAGAAGCCCGCAAACAACACGAGGGGAAGAAGAGGGCUGAAGCAAAGCAGCAGGCCAUAGCGGAAGACAAGGAGCGCAGCGGGGUUGCCCCAUCGGAAAAGUCUGUCAAGUCCAAGAGUUCCUCCUCAAAGGAGAAGCUUGAGGUCUCAAAGGAGAAAGAACAGCCAGUUGUUGCUGUUGAAGUGGAGCCUAAACCGAAGACCAAGCGUCGCUCGUCCGAAGCAGAGCAAAGCAAAUCGGUCAAGACUUCCUCGUCCUCGAAGCAGGCAUCGACCUCUGCGCCUAAGCCCCGGGCCUUCUUGCGAUACAUGAGCAAUGCUCCUGCGACCAACACCAAUGGACUCAUCGUGCGACCCAAUGGAACUUCCAAGUCUGCAGCCCCAGCAGCUGACAACUCCCGCCGGGCCUCCACGAGUCAAAGCCACAGCAGUGCCAACCAAGAGCGUUCUUCAAACGAGGAGAAGCGGUCGAGUGGACAGUCUGAGAAACCUCACUCCCGACGCGAGGACGACCCUGCUCGUCAGGAGCGGAAGAGUCGACGACGCAGCUCCGUUGAAGCCGAGGUCAGCAAGCCCCGAGAUCGAGAAAAGAAAUCCGAGGGCUCUCGUCGCCCACACCAGAGCAGCAAGGACAAGGAGGUUCGUGCUCAUCGCCGGCAUAAGCGUGAUGAAUCUCCCCCUCGAGAGCAGUCUAAGCUGAAGGGUUUCUUGAGAGCUAUCGCCGCCCAUUAA